AAACGUCUAAGAACCACAAAUCAAUCCCCUAAAAGGCAGAUGAGUUCCUACUUUUUAAACUCUUUCUCAGGUCGCUAUCAAAAUGGCCACGAUUAUCAGUUGCAGAGUUAUGGGAAUGCCUCGUCUGUGGGCGAGCAUUUUAGGGAGUCGACGAUGCUUUCCGCCAGGUAUGGCUAUGAUUACACUGGGAUAGACCUCAGCAUGACUCGUUCUAACUCAAAUCUUCGUGGAGACAGUGAAAGGUCUACUAACUACAUGCAGACAGCCAGUAACACCUUUCAUAGUUCCUCUGGUGCGAGAACUAAGUCUCCUGAUCCUGCGUUCUGCUCAGGAUCUUUAAUAAGCCCAUCAGACAGUACUAUUAAAACGGGGACUACAAUCACAGGGCCAAGUCAUUCAUACCGCGGUGGUCAGGACACAUCACCGGUAACCGAUGAGCAUCUUAAGGGAACGAACAGCCCCAAACCAGAAAGUGGGCAACUAGACAAGGAUUCAGCACAGCAGAUGCAGAUAUACCCAUGGAUGAAAAAGCUUCACCUUAAUCAAGAAGGCUUAAGUGGACCAGAAGGAAAACGAACGAGAACAGCUUACACUCGCUAUCAAACCCUAGAGCUGGAAAAAGAAUUCCAUUAUAACAGAUACCUUACACGACGCCGGCGGAUAGAAAUCGCUCACGCCCUGUGUCUGACCGAAAGACAAAUUAAAAUAUGGUUCCAAAACAGAAGGAUGAAAUGGAAAAAGGAUAAUAAAUUGAAAAGCAUCAAUAUCAGCCCUCCAGGAGGGCCCUAGCUGGUUACACCUAACUGGCUAUAUUAUUGUCCUUUACGUUGCAAUGGGAAAGGUUGCUUGGCUACAUAAAAUACUAUGUGAGAUACAUUGAUAUCGUGUGGGUUCAACGUCUCGUCAUCAAUACACUUUAUCAGUUGGCAUCAACAGAUGUUAAAAUCUUGUUAAAAAUAUAUAUAUAUUUAUAAUAUCUAUGCCUAAAUUUAGAUCAGAAGAGAGAACA